AAUUUUAUUUUCCAUGCUUUUCAAAACUUUUAUUCAUUAGUAAUGAUAUUGUGAAACAAUUGAUAACUUAUCAAUAAAAUGCUGCUAAUCUGGCCCAUUUAGCAUUUAAAAAGUUGCAUGGCUGAUGGCCAGUGUAAAAUAGUAAGCAUCAGUUAUUAUAACAUCACAUAGCAUGACUUCUUUUGGGGUAAAGGUCAGUCACUGUGACAUCAUAAUGGCAUAGUGAUGUUUUCUUAAGUGUAAAGGUCAGGCAUUGUGACAUCACAAGACAGUUAAGAGAAUACAGAUAAGCGUUCUGCUGUCUUGUAGCUAAUCAUUUCAUUGCUGACAAGACCAGCAAGCAACAUCUAUUUAUAUUAUCAUGAUAUUUUUAUCAAAAACCUUUUUAUUUUGCAUUUUACUUUAUUUACUUACAGUAAAUGUUCUCCCAGCUUCAUCAUGUUUAAGCUGUGAACCAAGUACAAAGGAAAUAGAGAAUAAGUUCCUAUAUUUUGCUGAAGAUUUGUACUGGAGAAAGAGAGAGAAUUUUUAUGCUAUUAGGAAUUUUAUUCAAGAGUUUGCUGAUUUGGUAAAAACCCGGUACCAGCAGAAGACAAUUGACAGAUUCGGGAUGGAAAUGCUUUUUUCAGAAUAUAAGAGGAAGUUGACCAAGAUACAAAAUAAGCUGGAAAAGGAGUUUAAUGAUGACAAGACAGCUUUAAAUAUAGUCGAAGACCUCACUCCCAGUUUCAAAGAGCUAGCACAAUCAGUGGAAGAGAUUUUUACUAGUUUCGAAGAUCGCAAAUGCCCUAAUAAGAAAGAGGACAAUUGUGGAAUCUUACUGGACAAAGUGACAAACUGUGACACAUGUAAAGAGGAACUUAUGGUGUGUGCUGGAGGCUCAGACACACAUUGUAUUGAUUUGAUAAAUAAAUGUCCAUUGUGUCACUGCAAUAAAGGAAAAUGUUCUGAUCUAAGGACUAAAGAACCCUGCACACCUUGUGAAGGAUACUCAAACUGUGUUCAAAAAAUACUGCCAUGUGAAACUCGAGAAAUUCAAGUUGAAGAGGAGGCAGACCUGAAUUUUGAUUGCAGUGUAGCAUUUCAUCAUGAAAUCCAUGAUGAAAUGGAAUACAUACUUGAAAAGAAACAACAUUCGACAGUGAUUCCUAUACAGACUUUCUCCCAGCCGAAAUAUGUUAAAUAUUUAGCUGACUUCAAGGAUGUUGGGGAUUAUUCUUGCACUGCAAGAUCAAGGAUAACAAGGUUCCCAAUCAGCAAAGUGGAUUUUAAAGUAGAAGUGGUAAAUACCACAAGACCCACAGAAGCCAGCCGAGAGACGUUGCCACCAUAUGAACCCCCUGCUCCAGAUAGAGACUUGACAUUAUAUAUAGCAGUGGCUGUUCUUAUUAUUUGCACUCUCCUGGUGAUAGCUCUAAUAGUCUGCUUGAUUUUUUAUAUCAGAUGGGAUAGUAAAACCUUCAUGGAUUAUGAUGUGGAACAGCAGAAAAAUGCACAGGCAGACAUGAUAAGAAUGACAGGAUUACGUGUACUGAAGACAGAGAAGAUUCCUACAGAAGAUACUUUUUCACCAUCAGUUCUGAGGCAGAAUUUGGAGAUGGUAGCAGAGAAAUGAGAAUGGUACAGUACCGCAGCAGAAAGUUCCGGGGCCCCAAAAGGGCGUCGGUGAAGACCGGUGUUGGCCAGGCUCUCUGCUAGACUUAAGGGUGGCUCCUUUGCAGUCUGCAGGCUUCUAUAAUUACAGUUAUAGGAGUUAAAAAAUGAAGAGAAAUUUAUAAUCUGGGCAGCAGACUGUUCUUGCCAACUGUUGACAGGACUGUCCUAGAAAGGGUGGGUUUUGGGUGGAUCAUGGGCAGUAUGAAGCAUUACCAGUGGAUCAUGGAGUUGCCGUAAAUUUAUGUAUACGCGUUAAACUUUUAUAUUCUGUUCAAUAAAAUUUAGCUUUAACUGUAAA